CCCCACCUGAUCUCCUUGACCCAAAGUCUGCCGCUCACAACUCCAAGCCCCGCCUCUCCUUCUCGGCUGCCAAGCCGUUGGUCCUGAACUCCCCCGAGGACGAAUACGACACCACACGCUUCACCGUCAUGAGGUGGAAGACGGUAUCAGUCAUCUUCUUCCUGGUGGUGCUCUACCUCAUUGUGGGAGCCCUGGUGUUCCGGGCACUGGAGCAGCCCCACGAGAGCCAACAGAAGCUGGCCAUCUUGGCUGAGAAACUGGACUUCCUGUCGCUGCACGCCUGUGUCAACUCCUCCGAACUGGAGGACCUCGUCAAGCAAGUGAUCUCUGCCAUCAGAGCGGGCGUCAACCCAUCAGCAAACUCAUCCAAUCAGACAAGUCUGUGGGACCUAAGCUCCUCCUUUUUCUUCGCUGGCACUGUCAUCACCACUAUUGGCUUUGGGAACAUCGCUCCCCACACGGAGGGGGGACGUAUCUUCUGUAUCAUCUAUGCCCUCCUGGGAAUCCCCCUCUUUGGCUUCCUGUUGGCUGGUGUUGGAGACCAGCUUGGAACCAUCUUUGGGAAAGGCAUCAACAGAGUGGAGAAGAUAGUUGGGUCUCUCCCUCAAAAGUGGAAAGUGAGCCAGACCAAGAUCAGAGUGAUCUCCACCGUGAUCUUCAUCCUUUUUGGCUGUGUCCUCUUCGUGGCGUUGCCGGCGGUCAUCUUUAAACACAUAGAGGGCUGGAGCACGCUGGAGUCCAUCUACUUUGUGGUCAUCACCCUCACCACCAUCGGCUUCGGUGACUUUGUGGCCGGUGAAAAAGGUCUUGAAAAGGGUGGUUCUGAGAUAGAGUAUCUGGACUACUACAAGCCUGUGGUGUGGUUCUGGAUCCUGAUUGGUCUAGCCUACUUUGCUGCCGUGCUCAGUAUGAUAGGAGACUGGUUCAGAGUCAUCUCCAAGAAAACCAAGGAGGAGGUAGGGGAGUUCCGGAUCCAUGCAGCAGAGUGGACGGCAAACGUGUCGGCUGAGUUCAAGGAGACACGGCGUCGCCUGAGCGUAGACAUCUCCAACAAGUUUGAGCGUGCCGCCUCCAUUAAGCGUCGACUGUCCUCAGAGCUGGGCCUCAACCCCAUCACCCAGGAGAUGACCCCGGGCAGGAGGACGCUGUCCGUGAACCUGGGGCCAGGGGAUGAGAGGGAGGCCUACCCCAACCUGGCUCUCUCCCUCACUCCUGUCCCUGGAGCCCUGGCCCGCAAUGGCAGUGGACUCUACCUGAACGGACUCAGUCCGGACUACGCUGAGGUAGCCAUCAUAGAGAGCCUCUAGUGAUGAGACACUGGGGUUGUGCAAGGAACAUGGAGGUGAGACACAUUUAUGGUCAUCAGUGGAGAUCAUUAAGUGAGACUAACACACACACACACGCUUGUGUGUUCAUGCUCACACUUGUGCUCAUUGGUUAAGAGGCUGGUUGGAGAGACAGACACUUCAAGCUGAGAUCUCAGGCAUACUGUAGGUGAGUUUUCAGACAUACACCCAUGCACACACACAUGUUCGUCAAAGGUGAUGAGAUGCAUACACACAUUAGGCUGUGCAGUAAUCGAUUGAGUGCUGUGAGGGAGAGAGACACUGGUCGAUCAUCACUUACAGUAGAUCGAUCAUCACACACAAAUACACACACACACACACACACACUAAUUGAUGGAGCUUGUGGAGAGACACACGCGUUAAUGCUCCCACUCCACCUGAAAACACAGAGAGGCUCUGAAGUCUGCAUCAGAUGAAGAGGUUCUUCACUGUCCAACACUGUAUCAUCCAAGAUGAAACUUUCUCUAAGGCCUUUUACCCAACAAGUGUUAGGUUCUCACCAGGAGGCAACAAUCAUCACCAAACUUACGGAGCAUGCAGUUGAUGUAUUUCCAAGAUUGUGUCUUUUUUCGUUUCAGUUGACACUUUUGUAUGGUUCAUGUAUUCAGACUACUAGGGCAGCAUUUAUUUGAUGCCUUGCUUUCAGUAAUGACACCGCUUACAGUUUUAAAGCAGAAUGUUUGGAUCAUUUUUUUUUACCUUCAAGAUGGACAUGCAGCUUUUUACCUAAGGAAUAUUCCUAGUGCCUUAAAUAAUGGAAGAACACUUUGAACAGCGUUUUGGAUUGCCGGUGCAUGUUGGACUGAGUCUUAUCUAUGUGGGUCGUUAUCAAGUCUUAAUUCUUACUUAAGCAAUCCUUGAGAAUAUUUGUACAUUAUUUAUGUGUCUUUUGGAGAACACAGCAACACAUCAAGUAACAAAGAGAAGGUGCAUGGAAGGAUAUGUACUUUGACCUUUUGAAGUGGAGAUUUAACAGAAGACAGAGCAUACAAGCAUAUUUCCGAUUGGAGCUGGACUGACUGGGAUAUUUCUGACCUCUGUCUGUCUGUGUGUGUCAACCAUUUUGUCCCUGUUACUGUCCCAUUGUCCUCUGCCUGCAAUGGUGACUUUGUCAUUCAGGCGCAUUACUGAUAGAAUGUCACUCUCUUCCUCCUACUCCUCCUGUUCCUCUCCUCUUCAUCCCUCCUCCUCUCCUCCCACUCAUAGACAAACGUAGACACUAUUUAUCAAAGAGAGAAAUGGUCCUACAGAAGCAUAUCAACCAUUCACCUCUAUGGUUGCCUUCAGUAACUCUGUAUCCCAACAACUCAUCCAUUCAUGUGGAAAUAGUAAGGUAAGAUAUGUAUUUAUCUCAAUGUUAAGUCCAUCAAAAUCAGAAGUGAUCUGCACACAUAGUACAAAGACUCUAAGAUGAUUCUUUUGCCAUCUUUGGUUGGUUUUCUUAAUGCAGCAGGGGGAGGGAGAGGGGGUGUUAAACACAGACGUUUUGGCUAAUGCUUCGUCAUUAAGUCCCUCACUUGGUCUGCACAUCACUAUUUCUGGGGUUAAACCGAAUACUCAUCAUUAAAAAAAACUCUUCCUGUGUCCACCUGUGAAUAACAGUAUGCUAUAUCAUGGAGUUCCAUAGUGAUGAAUACUUCUCAAUGGGUGGUGGAUGUAGAAGGCAGAUUAGGGAAAUAGCUUGGUAGCCUCAAGGUUUAAUCCGGCUUCUCUCCUCUGACAGACUAUUCAUCAUGUUGGAUAGAAAUAUAUUUGGGACAUACAUAUAUUGUAUUUUCUUAUACAAAUCAGGCCCAUUUUAUGCAUUUUACUCACUGUUUAUUUUGAUUGGGUGUGUGUGUAAUGGGCAUGGUUAUUGGCGUGGUUAUGGGCUUGGUUAUGCAAUGUGUUAUAAGGCUGAGGGGAGACUCAAUGAAAAAAAUGACUUGGAUUGUUACUUGAAUGUAAUAUUUAUUCUGUGCUUUCUUAUUUCCAAUCACGUUUUUAAUGUCAUAUCUUGCCAAAACAUCAUGCAUGUACUUCUCAUGUGCAUCAUACAAUACAGAACAAAGUGUCUUACAAAUGCCCCUUUCAUCAAGAAACAGGUUUACAUGUAACUUUCAAUUGUGAACAGGGUAAUGGUUGUUAACUGAACGUAUGCAUGUUUGAAUGGUGAGAAAGCAGCCAGGUCACCUGUGAUACAAAUCAGUAUUUGAAAUCCAUCCAUUUAUUUUAUUUAACCUUUAUUGAACUAGGCAAGUCAGUUAAGAACAAAUUCUUAUUUACAAUGACAGCCUACACCAGCCAAACCCAGAUGACGCUGAGCCAAUUGUGCACCGCCCUAUGGAACUCCCAAUCACAGCCAGUGGAUUCAAACCAGGGUGUCUAUAGUGAGGCCUACUAGCACUGAGAUGCAGCACCUUAGAGUGCUGACACCACUCGGGAGCCCAUGUCUGCAGAUUUCGGGAGAUGACAUGGAAACAGAGCAUUAGGGGCAAGAGUGAGGGAUGUAACCUUCAAAUAGUUUUUGGUUUUGCUAGGGUAUUGGGGACAGGGAUGGCGGAUGAGUGUAAGCAGCUGCCUCUAGUGCUAACGGUUGCAUGUUUGAAUCCAGCAAUAGAAAGUUGUUUUUGAGAUUUGGUAUAGGCUUAAAAAACAAAAAUCUCUUUCAUCCAUCUGCUUCCAGUGCCAAAGGUUGCAUAUUAGAAUCCAGAGAUAGAAAGUAGUUUUGUAGAUUUUCAUUUUAAACCUAUCCGAAACCUUAACCCUUACCUUAACCAUUCAGAGUUAAUGCCGAACUUUAAGAUUCCGGAGUUAAUGCCUAAACGUAACCUUUAAACACUUUAAAUUUGACGUUUGGAACUACUUUGAAUUUACAAAUCUGAGCAGGCAUCAUUGCCAUCAUGGCACUAUUUUAUGUGUACAGUACAGUAUAAAAGUGAAUCGUGUUACUGGGGGGGAAAGACAUGUGUCCUAAUACUCUUAAAUGGUGUAUUUUCCUUGUCUCCUUAGCUUUCCUUUAUGACCCCUGAUGUCAAAUGACUGCAUAGGUUUCCCCCAUAGCUAUAAUCUGCCAUAUCCUAUCAAAUCAAGUGAUCAUGACGAACAAGGAGACGAGGAUACAGUAGAAAGCUAUUUAUCAGUAUUGGGACAGUCCAUUAUCAGUGUGGUAAUGAGGGAGAAUGCUCACACAGCUCAGAGCAGAGGCCCAUGGGAGUUCACUCGUACGACUUCUGCCCGGGCUGUUGUAUGAUGGACAGGCACUGUAAGGAGUCCUGUCACCACCAGAGAAAAACUAGCGCAUCACGUUAUAUAAGCAUAUCUACAGCCCACAGGGGGACUCAGAGAGAGAGAGAGAGAGAGAGAGAGUGUGUGUGUGUGUGUGUGUGUGUGUGUGUGUGUGUGUGUGUGUGU